GGUAGUUGGGGUAGGAAGAGCGGGAGGGAGGAAGGGUUCCGUUGUGAACGCGCCUGACGGAUCCCCGGCGGAGGGCAGCGAGGGCGCGCAUCUCUGUCCUCCGCUUGUGAAGCGACUGCAGGGGAGCCAGAUGCCCGACUGUGAGCCGCUGCCUGUGGAUACCUAUCCCAAAUGCCAGAGCAGGCGAGAGCCACAGACACAUUUCAGCCUCUGACGGGGAAGAGGAAAGAAUAGGGGCAGUAACCGGAGUAAGAUGUUUUUUUAAUAUAAAUAUAUAUAUAUAUAUUUUUUUUCCUUCCCCCUCCCUCGUUGUCUCUGUUUCAAUCUCUGCUUCAGAUGAAGAGCUUCCUUGGACUUGGAGUACCGGGCAUCAGUAUUAAAAAGAGCCGUUAUCCCACUCAGCCCCUGCUGCUGCGGCACUGCUGCCUGUGAGCGCGUCCUCUCAUUGCAUUGGAAUAUACAGCCUGCCUAUAUGCGCAAAACCAUGGAGAUUAUAUGACGUGGAUUUAUUAUUUUUUCUAACAAAACUGGACAUCUGUAAAACCGACGUCCCCUCUUCUUUUUUAUUUUUAUAUUUUUUUCUGCAUUGCCUUUUUUUGCGUUCUUCUGUUCCGUUCUUUGGUUUGAUCUAUGGCUACUUUAUGAUUUCAUGUCCUUAGCGAUCCCUCCUUAUUUUCCAUUCAUUUAUUUUCCACACUUAUUUUGUAUCUAUAUUUUUCUUGGUCCGUGUCGGAGACGCAGAAGUGGGAUGCCUCGCAGAGAACAUUUGUGGGGAGAAGAAUCCGCGCAGCAGCGAGGGUGAAUGAAUGAUAGUCUCUCCUCUCCAUCUGAGACGUGCCAUGGAUGGGAAACUUAAUUUGUAUCCACGGAACCGAUCGGGGAAUAGCCGUCGCAUCAAAUAACUACUGCUGACAGCGAUCAGGACGAAUGUCAUAGGAUGAACACUGCUGGUGGGGUGUGUCUGUCUGUGCUGUCCUCUCUCCUGGCUGUGGCUGGGGCCCUGGCUGCCUUGUCUGCCCUCGCUCUAGCUCCUCUCUCUGCCCUGGCUGAGGCUGCCUAUGGGGCUGCCGACGGCGUCCCCAGCACUGGGGCAGAGCGGGCCCCCUCGCCUGUCUCCUCACCAUGCUCCAGCCUUGUAGCUGGGGUGCUCUAUGGCUCUUUCUCCCUAAGGGAGCUCUUUCCCUCCAGGGCGCCGGGCUGUUCCUGGUCCCUGGAAAACCCUGAUCCCACCAAGUACUCCCUCUACCUCCGCUUCACCCGCCACCCUGUCAUCUGCCGGACGCACUCCCCCAUGCUUCUCUCCCUUGACCACCACCUGGCCAAUCAAAGCUGUCCCCUACACAUACAGACAGCUGCUGCCAAGGAUCAGGAAGUCAUUGAUCUCUGUGGCAGCGAACCCAACCCAGAGGGACCGUACUCCUUCCUACAGUUUGAUAAGAACUUCGUCCAGCUAUGUCUAACGAGACAUCCAGCUGCAGAUGAGCCUCAGGUAUCUAAGGAGUUGCUGGAGCUGAGACUGGUGGAGGUGUUGCUCAUUAACAAUGAGAACUCGAGUCAGUUUACCUGCGGCGUGCUCUGCCGAUGGUUUGAGGAGUGUUUACGUACAGGUCACAACGGAGACCAGGAGGUUUCUGACGGUGAUGGUUGUGGGAUGACCCAGACGGGAUGUAUCUGUCCAAACCACAACAUCAUGGCUCCACCUAUUCCGUUGCUCCCAGAGACACCCCACAGUUUUAGCAACGGCUCGCUGGUUCCUGAUGACUGCUGCGUCACUGAGCUGCAUUCUAAUGAAGCAAUCGCCAUAGCACCCAGAGAUGUUCGACAAGAUCCAUAUGACGAUGAUGAUCUGAAGGUAAAGACCCAGAGACCUCGAUCAGCCGACCAGCCAGGUGUGUUUCAGGCACAAACUGGUGACCCUGCGGCAGAGGAGUGGUCACAGUGGAGUGUGUGUUCUCUCACAUGUGGGCAGGGCUGGCAAGUGAGGACGAGAUCGUGUGUUUCCUCUCCCUAUGGGACUCUGUGCAGCGGAGCCCUGCGGGAAACACGCAUGUGCAAUAACACCGCUUCCUGUCCAGGCGAACCUGGGAUCAUAGGCUCAGUGCAUGGGCUGUGGGAGGAGUGGUCGUCAUGGAGUCUGUGCUCUGUGACCUGUGGGCGGGGCUCCAGGACACGAACCAGGAAGUGUGUGAACGGAGGCGGGGCCUUGGCUUGUGGACGGCCCGAGAUUCAGACCAAACUCUGCAACAUAGCAGUGUGUCCUGUGGAGGGCCAGUGGUUGGAGUGGGGCCCGUGGUCGAGAUGCAGCGUGACUUGUAAUACGGGAACCCAGCAGCGGCAGCGGCGCUGCAGUGCGUCGGUGCACGGCUGGGCUGAGUGUAAGGGUCCCCAUCAGGAGAGCAGAGAAUGCACCAACCCCUCCUGCAGCGGUGGAGGUAACUGGGGCAGCUGGAACCACUGGAGCCUCUGCAGCAAGACAUGUGACUCCGGUUGGCAGCGUCGCUUCAGGAUGUGUGAGGGCACCGGAAUACAGGGCUACCCCUGCGAUGGCUCAGGAGAGGAGGUCCGGUCCUGUAAAGAGAAGAAAUGUCCCGCUCCUCAUGAGAUAUGUAAAGACGAACACCUCCUCUCUAUGGCGUGGAAGAGAGCCUCAGCUGGAGAAACUGUCUACAACAAGUGUCCAACUAACGCCACUGGAUCUGCUAGUCGUCGUUGCAUGCUGGACAAUAAUGGAGUUGCUUUCUGGGGUCCUCCGAGCUUCGCCAGAUGCGUCUCACUUGACUAUAGAUAUUUACAUUUAUCUUUACGAGAGCAUCUCGCGAAGGGUCAGAGGACCCUGGCCGGGGAGGGCAUGUCUCAGAUCGUAAGGAGUCUCCUGGAGCUCUUGCAGAGGAGGAGCUACUACAGUGGCGACCUUCUCUUUUCCACGGAGAUCCUGCGAAAUGUGACGGACACCUUCAAAAGAGCAACCUACAUCCCAGCUCCCGACGACGUGCAGAAAUUUUUCCAGAUAGUCAGCCUCAUGUUGGACAUGGAAAAUCUAGAAAAAUGGGAGGACGCCCAUCAGGUCGCUCCCGGUGCUGCUUUACUGAUGAGGAUAUUAGAAGAUUUCAUUCACCUCAUCGGAGAAGCCCAGAAGCCUUUCCAGAGUUUCCUGGUGGUUACCAACAACCUCAUGAUAACCGUCCAGCGAGAGCCGGUGUCGGCCGUUUCCAGUGAUAUCAACUUUCCCAUGAAAGGCCGGAGAGGGAUGAAGGACUGGGCCAGAACAGCAGAGGACAAGCUCUACAUCCCCAAAGAGGUCUUCACCAUCCCAGCUGAAGAGAUGGAGGUGGAGUCAGAAUCAACUAUGUACUAUGUCAUCGGAGCCAUCUUGUACAGGACGUUGGGCGUCAUCUUACCUGCACCAAAUCCCCCUGCAGUCAUCAACUCCAAGAUCCUGACAGUGACAGUACGGCCAGAACCACAACCCAGCAAGCCCAUGGUGGUGGUGGAGCUGUCGCCACUUUUUAAUGGUACAUCAGAUCCACAGUGCGUUGUCUGGGACUAUGGCAACCCGGAAGCUGGCGCAGAAAACUGGGGCACAGAAGGCUGCCAAACGCUCGCGUCAACCACUGUCCACACCAAAUGCCUGUGCAGCAGGAUAUCCACCUACGCCGUGUUAGCGCAGCAAGCUAAAGACCCGGAUAUGGGUCCUACCAGCAUGCCCUCUGUGCCCCUCAUGGUGGGCUGUGGGGUCUCCUGCACUGCUCUGCUCAUCCUGCUGCUAAUCUAUGCUGCCUUCUGGAGGUACAUACGAUCGGAGAGAUCCAUCAUCUUGGUGAAUUUCUGCCUCUCCAUCUUGGCCUCCAACUUAUUGAUUUUGGUGGGACAAUCUCAAACGCUUAGCAAGGGCCUCUGUACUGUGACGGCCGCCUUCCUGCACUUCUUCUUCUUGGCGUCCUUCUGCUGGGUGCUGACGGAGGCGUGGCAGUCCUAUCUGGCUGUCAUUGGCAAAAUGAGGUCACGACUCAUUCGCAAGCGUUUUCUGUGCCUCGGCUGGGGUCUUCCAGCCCUAGUUGUAGCAGUGUCGGUGGGUUUCACCCGAGCGAGAGGUUACGGCACAGCCAGCUAUUGCUGGUUGUCCUUGGAGGGCGGUCUGCUUUAUGCCUUCGUUGGGCCCGCUGCUGUCAUUGUGUUGGUGAAUAUGCUCAUUGGAAUCGUGGUGUUUAACAAGCUCAUGUCUCGGGAUGGCAUCUCAGACAAGUCUAAAAAGCAGCGAGCGGGUGUCCCAGCGGAGGCGCGUAGCCGACUGCUCCUGAAAUGCUCCAAGUGUGGCGUGAUCUCGAGCACCGCUCUGUCCAGCGCGACUGCCAGCAGCGCCAUGGCGUCUCUGUGGAGUUCCUGCGUGGUUCUUCCCCUGUUAGCGUUAACCUGGAUGUCAGCGGUGCUGGCCAUAACCGACCGGCGCUCCACACUCUUCCAGGUCCUGUUUGCUGUCUUUGACUCUGUCCAAGGUUUUGUCAUCAUCACCGUCCACUGUGCAAUGCGCCGAGAGGUGCAGGACGCGGUGCGCUGUAGGAUGGGGGGAUGUAAAGACGACAGCGAAAACUCACCAGACUCCUGCAAGAAUGGACAGGUGCAGAUCAUGAAGUGUCCAAAUGUGAGCUACUGUGGGCAGCAGUGUGGCUCUCUGCGUUACGGCACAGCCAUGUGCCUGUCUGGUUGCCACCCACAGCAGUUCCCACCGACAGGCCCCCAGGCAUGCCAGCAAGCCUGUUGCCACAGUCUGCCCCGCAGCAACCACGACCACGGGCUGGAGCACAGCCACGCCCUCAGCCACGCACAUGAGCAUAACCCCAUCCUGAACAAUACCCACAACCACGUUCAUAACCAUAACCACGCCCACAACCACAUCAGCAGCCAAUCAACGGAUUUUGAGAAGGAUGUGGACUUGGCAUGUCAAACAGAGAGAGGACACCCAUUCAUAUUCAAAGAGGUGAACACCUGCAACCCGGCCACCAUCACUGGGACCCUUUCCCGCAUCUCACUGGAUGAUGAGGACGAUCCCAAGCUGGCAGCCCAUCAGGAGGGGGGAGUGGGGGUCAACUUCAGCUCACUCCCCGGGAACAUCCCCCCUCCCAACCUCAUCGUGCAGGUUCCAACGCUUGGUGGCCUCAAUGAACUGAGCGAGACGCCCCUAAAGAAAGAGGUGAACGUGGAUCAGCAGAGACAGCAGGGGCAGCAACGCAGCGGCGCCCCAAUCUACCUGUGCACCGAGAGUGGCCUGGGCUGGGCUCGACCGCCCCCUUCCUCCAACACCUCCCAGGAUGGAAGUGCCGGAAGCGGGGGGAGUGGUGGAGGAGGAGGCGGAAGCGGAGGAGGCGGGGAGGGGGACUACAUGGUCUUACCUCGUAGGACGGUCAGUCUCAAACCUCCAGCACCCUCCUCCCAAGGAGGAGGCCUGGGACUGGGGGGCGAGGACAAACCUCUCAACAUCGCAGUGGAGGAUCCUCCCUUCCCCCCGCCUCCCUCACCCCUGACCCUCCACCCAGCCGAGAGUGAGGCGUACCCGGCGGAUUUUGUGCCGUCGAGUGUGGGCGACAUGAACAUCGCCAUGAACCUCAACCGCUCCUAUGGGACGAUCAAAACCAUGCCCCACGGGCACGGCCACAUGAUGGCUCAGGGUGGUCUUGUACACUCCCACGGAGGACACAUGCAAUCCCACGGGCAUUCACUCCAGCUGAAGCCGGGCCAGAGGCCGUCGGUCAGACAGAUUCUGACAGGGGGAACCACAGUGGAGAGAACCAGGACCCUGCCACGCAACCUGGGAAGCACCAAUGCCAACAGCAGCCUCUCGGCAGGAUCCCUGGAGAGGAAAAGAGUACGGUACUCUGAGCUGGACUUCGAGAAAGUGAUGCACACUCGCAAAAGACAUUCUGAGCUGUACCAUGAGCUCAACCACUCGUCCAAGUUCCACACCAUAGACAGGUAUAGCAGGGACCCAGCCAUGUCCACAUUCAAGAGGGAAAAACGAUGGAGCAUUUCGUCUGCCGGAGGUGAAAAGAACUCGUCGAGUGACAAGUCGACCCCUGAGGACCAGAGCUCCUGGGACAGCUUCAAGACCAUGACCCCGGAGCUGUCCAUCGUGCCUGGGGAGCAGAAGGACCGGAUGGAGCUGCACAAUAAAAACUGGGACUCCUCCUCCGCUAACACACCCGACUCGUCCGAGGGAGACUUCCAGACUGAAGUGUGAAGACACGCACACAUUCACACACUCACUUGAAUACACACGCGCUCACGCCGAGACGAACUUCUGAAACAGCUAUACAUAAGUACAUGAUUUCUCGCAAAGAUCUCACACACACUGCUCCCCGUCUCCUGCAAUGUGCUCUGUCGGAUCCCAUACUGUAUUUGUUUACUGCUGCAGUGGACAGACACGGAAAGAAGACUGUUCUACUCUAUAUUUUCGCAAAGACUAUUGAAAAGAAAGAACAGGGGCUUGACACGUCUGGGACAGAGGAAAGAUUUUUAAAUGAACUUAAAAAAAACUAUGAAAAACUUAUUUCUGAGAAAAAAUGUCAUGAUUUUAUUCUGGAGAAAAAAGAAAAUCUCUUUCAAUUGUUUGAUGAUUUGGGGGGGAAAAAAGAAAAAGAAUAUUUCUGCACCGUUCAGUUCUUUUUAUAGCAAGCGGAAAAAAAUCUCACUGAGGUUUCUCACACUGGUAGCCCCCCCCUAGGCACCCUGCUUUCAUUUAUUUCCUUUUCCCUUCUAAUGGAUGACGGAAGCAUUCUAUCAGUUCCCUUUUUUUAAUUUAAUUUUUUUUUUUUUUUUUUUUUUUUAAUUUCGUCAUUUUGGAUGGAUCGGGGACGGGGGAAGAGCCACUCAGUGAUAUGUGCCAUCCGCUCUGCUUUUUUCAGGUUCCAGUUCAACAAUCCCAUCCAUCCAUUCCUCUCACAUCCUCUGUGUCAACACUGUAUUCCCCCUUUUUUGUGUAUUUUCUAUGGUUUAGUUAAAAAAAAAUGUCCUCCUCUAUGGUUUGAAACUUUUAAUGGAAAAAUAAUACGAUUGAAACAACUGUUCAAGGA